UUCCGCCCCUUCUCCGGCCACCUUCAAAUACCUCGCCGCGACGCCGCCUCCGUGCCCCGCCGCACCAUGGACAGCGACGACGAGGAGAUGUGCGACGCCUCCUCCACCCCUUCCUCCCCUGGCGGCGAAGGCGGGGAAAGGGGAUUCGAGCCGGAGGAAGCGGAGCGGGUGGUCGAGGGGGCGAUGGUCAUGGAGGUCGCGUGGUUCCAGGUGGACCUGGACUACGAGUUCGACGCGCCCAGGUGGUUCGACCUUGCCCAGGAGGAGGCGCCGGUGGAGGCGGCGGCAGCGCAGCUGUGGUUCGCCUCCGCCCCCAGCUACCCGCCCUCGCCAUUAAUUUCUAAGAUGUUAGCCGAAGACCUUGGAUUGCAAAGCUUAAGAAGCACUGCAGAUACAGAUGCUGUGCAGUGUUCUACAACUUCUCAUGAAUGCUCUAGUGGUGCUGAACAAAGAUUCCAUCAGGAACGAAGACCAUGCAAUGGUGCAUCAGAAAAUGAACGAAUACCUGGCAGUCGAAAUACUAUGAGGGGCACUUCCUCGAAAAGCUCCACAUUAAUGAAGCCUACAGCCAGUCAAUUAGCCAGGCGAAACAGAAAAGUGGAAGUGAAGAAUUCAAUGCAGAGUAAAAAGUCAGUGGGAGUGAGAAGCGAGAGAAGUACCAUGAGCUCGAACGAUUGCACUUACCAAUCCGCUAAAAGGCAGAAAUUAGAAAAUGGACAUCUCAACAAGGCUGCUGCUACUCACCGGCCUGAGUUUAUUCAUAAAAAUCAUGCAAAGAAUGCUAUGAGUCUUAACAUUGAUCGUCCUACUGGUCUACCCAAAUUAAAGGUUACAAUUCCUAGAGAACCUGAAUUGGCAACAAAACUAAGAGCGGAGAGGUCAAGGAUUUUAAGAGCAGUGCCAACUAAUUCAAAGCAGUUAAAUCAACGGGUUGCACCAUCUUCUACAAUGCCGGUGGCAUCAACUAGAAAGGUAGUUCAACCUUUACGGGCUACUGAUCAUCAGCAUGCAAGUAGACAACAUGACGUUUUGGGGUCUAAUGUGCCAGCAUGUACAUCCAAUCGUGCAAGGCAUCUUAACAAUGUUGAUAAAAAGUCAGAAGAUUGCAGAGAUGACAUGUUUAAAUUUAAAGCUCGGCCUUUGGAUAGAAAGAUAUUAGCAAGCAAAGGUGAUGUUGGUGUAUUUCGAAGUGCAAAAAGGAAUACAACGGUGACUAAGGAAUUCAACUUAUCAACAAGCAGGAAAGGCAAUCCGGCUCCAUUAUCAGAACUCUUUAACAAGCUUUCUUUAACUGCUGGAGCACACCGUGGAAUAGAGCGUCAGACCAGUGGUCUGCCAAAUUAUAUCACUACCAAGGAUUGCAAAGAGAACAUGAUUGGUAACAUGCAGUGCUAGCUCUGACCCAAGCCAAUCAAGAAACACAAUAUAUAGGAUUUCUCUUUUGACAAUGACCGGUUCAGAUUCCCAUCUCUCCACCUGCACAAAGGUCAAUCGUUUGUUUUGGACAGUAGGACUUACAAGGAAACUCAUCUCCUCUUCUUCAUUUAACAAGAUGAAGCCAUACAUUAUUUGACAUUAAGGCACCACCGCUGAGGUGCGCGUCGUCGGCCAUCUCCGGCAUUCGGAUAUUUAACCCCGGGAACGAAACAUUGUUUCUUGUCCCAGCCUGUUACAUAGUUGUUGCUGCCGGUAGCUUAACGUUGUCUCUCAGCUGCCCACAGCCAUGGCUGGGAUCCUUUGUACAGCUAGAGAAACCAUAGCUCAUGGUGUUGUGGGGCGGCUCAUCUGGUGUAUCUGCGAUCGUGCAUCCCGCAUCCCGACUUCCAUGAUCUCCAAAGUGUAACGUAUUGCAGUUGCCUUCCAAAGCUGUUCGCUUCUCUGCCAUAGUUCUUCUUCCAUCAUCUGGAAAUCCCAUCGUAGUUGAGAAACGGAAAUGAUCUGCUCAUCCGGUGCGAGAUGGGAUUCUCUGACUUCACAAGAAAUUUUUGCGAGUUAUUUGAUUUAAGGUGGAUGUAUAAGAUUUGAUGCUAUAGCACAUCCACCAAUGGUA